GGUCUCGGGGAAGCAAAGGACGCUGCGAGUGAGCCUUUCAGCCGCACUUGCACUUGUACCUGCACCUACGCUUCUCACCGGCAGGGCGGACGCAGGCUCGAAGGGUGACGGGGAACGGGGUGGCACUUGAUCCGCUCGUCAUGGCCUAUCCGGGAUACGGAGGAGGGUUUGGAAAUUUUAUUGGUCAGAUGCCAGGAAUGCAGAUGCAGAUGGGACAGCCAGUGCCAGGAACAGGACCACAGGUGCUCCCUGGUGGAUACCCCAGACACCCAGCUUACUUGAACAAUUACUCCUCAGCCGAAGACCCCAUGUGGACAUACUUUACUGCUGUUGCUGGACAGGAUGGUGAAGUGGAUGCAGAAGAACUUCAGAAAUGUUUGACACAGUCUGGAAUUAGUGGAACUUAUUCUCCCUUCAGUUUGGAAACCUGCAGAAUUAUGAUUGCCAUGUUGGAUAGAGAUUACACAGGAAAAAUGGGAUUUAAUGAAUUCAAAGAACUUUGGACAGCUCUUAAUGCCUGGAAACAAAAUUUCAUAACUAUUGAUCAAGACCGAAGUGGCACAGUGGAGCAUCAUGAGUUGAAUCAAGCCAUUGCUGCUAUGGGUUAUAGGUUGAGUCCUCAAACCUUAAGUGCUAUUGUUAAACGUUAUAGCAAGCAUGGCAGGAUCUUCUUUGAUGAUUAUGUGGCUUGCUGUGUGAAGCUUCGGGCUUUGACAGAUUUCUUUAGGAGAAGAGACCACUUGCAGCAAGGGGUUGUGAAUUUCAUAUAUGAUGAUUUUUUGCAGGGCACGAUGGCAAUUUGAAUAUCUAGAAUUUGAAAACUAAAGAAAUACUGUGAAUGUUUCUGCUUGGAAGAAAUGAACUGGACUACUUUAAAUUUAAGCUUUUGGGGCUUUUCAUGUUUCUACCUAUUAAAUCUAUUCCCUUUAUAAUAUACAUAUAUAUAUAUUGUACAUCUAGUAAAAUGUGUUUUUAUUUUAAUGCACAAUUCAAAGCAAUAAAAGAGAUGCUUUUGUAUUUGGGAUGUUUUUGCUUUUAAAGAAGUUUUCUCUUGAUGGAUAUCUGUAUAAUGUCAUCAAAUAUUGGUAUGUGAUUAAUUGAUGUAUAUAUGUCUUUGCCUUAAUUUGAACAAUAUAAACUUGGAGGAAUGUACUUAUGAGAUUAUGUAAGAACCUAAAUGAUGAAAGCCUAGCUAACACUGACUUAAACUUAUCUGAAGGUUACAGAUUUUGCUUUCAGGUUUUGUUUGUAGUUGUUGGUGUUUGAAGGUAAGCUAGAGGGGCAGUCCUGGAUUUUGUGCCAUAUUCGUCAUAGGGUUUGUUCUUAUUCACAUUAUCAGAGAACAAACUCCCAGAUCUUUAACUGUGAAGAAUAAAAUUGUAGUUCCUAAAAUUUUGUCUUAAAUCACCUUAGGUGGAGCAUAAAGUAACGUAUAGUGAAAUAAGACUACAGGAGACAUCAUUUUUCUUUUUUUUAUUCAAUAUAUUGUAUAUAUUUCUUCAACAUGUCUUGUUGUUUUCUAUGGGAAAAAAGUUCAUAAUAAACAACUUUUCUCUCUGAACUUUAUUUUGUUACUAAAAACAUAGAUAACCUCAAAUGACAUCUUUUGCUACAUCUAGAUUUUUCUGGAAAUGACAUUUUUAAUGAAAUGUCAACAUUUAAACUUAUUCUACUAAACUAAAUUAUUGUUUAUACAUAAUGCCAAUUGUGCAUAAAGUUAAAAAAUCAGAUAAUUUUCCACUUUGUUUAAAUGUUGAGAAAUUAUAAAUUUGACUUUCUUGACGACGUUAACUGCUGGUUUGGCAUUAGUAAGCCAAUAUGUCUUUUGAGCGCAUCUGUGUACUGUGGGGUACGGAGCCUGGUAGACACCGCAGCAGUAUUGCUGUGUGGUAUUACUAUGGAAAUUGCCAAGUUGGGCCACUAGGAUUUUAGCAUGUAAAAACCCCUGGAAUAAGCUGCUAUAAUGAAGCAAGCCCCUUUUUUGGCCACACCUUCAGUCUUUCUCAAUGAAGAUUUAAUAAACAUACUUUAUCCGAAUCUCUUCCUCAGCUUAAAGGUAAAUAACAGUAGUCCCCCCUGAUCCAGAGUGAUACAUCCUAAGAUCCCCAGAGAAUGCCUGAAACCACAGAUAGCACCUAAAUAUACUGUUUUUUUCUAUACACACACAGUUGUGUUAAAGUUUCAUUUAUAAAUUAAGCACAGUAAAAGGUUAACCAGAUUAAAUAUAAAAUAGAUCAUUAUAACAAUAUACUGUAUUAAAAGUUAUGUGAGUGUGGACUCUGUCUCUCUUAAAAUAACUUACUGUACUCCACAUCCCAGAAGGGAUGACCUGGGACGACUCGAGCUUUCUGCACACUACUCAGAACAGACGCAAUUUAAAACUUAUGAAUUGUUUAUUUCUGGAACUUUCUACUUUAUGUUUUCGGUAUCUGACCUCAGGUACUGAAACCAGGAUACGGGGGCAGUACUGUACAAAUUGAUAUAAUUUUAGUAUGGUGAGUGACCAAGUAAAUAUAUAGUUUUUAUAAAACUUUCUUUUUUUAAAGACUAUAUCUUUAUUGAUGUCAGAGAGGAAGGGAAAGGGAGAGAGAGAUAGACACAUCAAUGAUGAGAGAGAAUCAUCAAUUGGCUGCCUUCUGCACGCCACCACUGGCGCCAAGCCCAUCACCCAGGCAUGUGCUCUGACUGGAAAUUGAACAGUGACCUCCUGGUUCAUAGGUUGAUGUGCAAUCACUGAGCCACACCAGCCAGGGCAAAACUAUGUUUCUUAAAAAAUGGAGGAUUAACAGUAGUAUCUUGAAAAAAAAAAAGUUGAAAGGAUGCAAUUAUAGUCAUUUAAUUAUGUAAAUAAUAAUUUUACAUAAUUAGCUACCAAAUUCAUUUGGUCAGUUUUAUAAAAAUAUGUGUAUAAAUAACCCGUUUAAUUUUAUCCUCUGGCUGUUAAUUUUUUUUUCUUGAACAUACAUUUGAUAAUGUGAGAGGGCAUUAACUGAGCCAUAGAAAAUAUAGAAUUUUAAUAAAAUAAAUUGAAGUUAAUAUUGAAAAAAAUACAGAAUUUUAAAUAAAAGUAUUGUAGUAAGAGCUAAUGUAAACACACUAUAUAUCAUUCCCAUACAAUAAAGAUGUUAAUAUGACUCAGCAGUCUAGAAACUUAAUAUCCCACUUACAGGUGGUCAAGUUACAAUGCUCUUCUAAGGUCAAUUAUAAUUUUUCUUACUUGGAGUCUCCUAGUUGAGGUAAAACUUUAAAAAAUGACAUGUGAUGUUCCUAUAAGUUUCUGCCAAAUGACAUUUUGUAUUAGAAGUCUUUACACAGUCCCCUAACUCCGAUUUUCAACCUUUUUCAUCUCAUGGCACAUACAAACUAUUAAAAUGCUGUGGCACACCAAAAAAUAUUUUUUUUUUUUGCUGAUCUGACAAUAAAAGUAGGCAUAAUUUUGAUUCAUUUACACCGGACAAUGUUGGCUGUUGUCGUUCUUUUAUUUGACACUCUAAGGCAGGGGUGGGGAAAGGCCAGCCAGUGAGGCGUAUAAGACCCACAAAUUCAUCUGGUCUGGCCCUGCCAGGCAUUAGGAGUGAGUUAAUUAAAUGUUUGACCAAAUAUAGCAGCCUAAUUUUUAAGCUGAUAAUUUUGUAAGGUCAGAGAAUGAUGUUAUAAAUAUCCAAGUGGCCCUCGGCAGAGAAAAGGUUCCCCACCCCUGCUCUAAGGGGAAAGAGGUUAGUGCCCCUGACUAAAUAGUCAGGCAUUGAAUGUUUUUAAAUGUUCUUGUGGCACACUGACUGAAAACUGCUGCUCUAACUCAUCCUUUUCUAUAGGUAUUCCUGUGCCUUUGGUGUUAGGAGGUCUGUAAGAAUUAGUUUCCAUGGCCAGACGUAGCUGAGAAAUUAUCAUCCCCCUCAGGGAACUUGAGAAAUCCCAAGGUACAUACAAUUCUGUUAAUUUUAUUUGACCUAGUUUAUUCCAGAUUCUUUUGGACACAGAACCCUUUUCCUAGCAAAAUAAUUUUCCAGCCAAUCCAACUUCAUUGUGAGACAACUCCUUUGCAUUUUAAUUAAAUAGAUAAUCUUUUAAAAACAUUAGACAAUAGAGAAUAUUUCACUGGGGUUUUUACACUGAAAUGCAAUUCACUCAGUUCACUCAAUGUUUUAAGAUAAUUGAUGUAAACCAACAUCCAUCACUAAAGUAGUAAUUAAAUAGUUUUAUGAUAAACAUGACUGGAAUAUUAAUAUGUCAUAUUAAUAUAAUAAUUUGUACUGGUUAAUUCAUGCUCGAUUUUCUUAUGAUAUAAAUUAUUGAAUAAUGUACACUCUUAAUUCUAAGUGCUUUUAUUUAUACAGUACAUAUGUUUCCAUGUCAUUUGAGAAUUUUUAAAAUAAACAUUCAAAUAGCUUGCUGUAAAUUUUAGUAUCAUACAAAAUCUGUUACAUAUAUAUAUUAUGAGAUGCUUCGAUUCAAAUAACAGUGCAGUAAUUCACCUGUGCCUAAAAAACUGACAAAUAAUUAAAUGUCAGGUAUUCCACUUCUAUUUUCGGUGCCAGUUUACACAUUUUAAGUUACAUAAAAGGGAAAUCAAUACUAUUAGAGUGUUAAUUUGGUCCACUUUAAAUGUAAUCUUAAGGACUGUGCUCAUUUGAUCUAUUUAAGCAUGCAUUCAGAAACAAAAAGUCAUACAAAUAUCAAGUGAUAUGUUUAUUUCCAGAAAAGACAUUUACCCUGGAAGAGAGUAGAAUUUAUGAAUGUAGUUUAAAGUCUGUGCAAUUAAAAAAGUAACAAAAACAUCAAUUUGUGAUUAUUUCUUUAAAUAAAAUAUACAAAUCAAGUUCACUUGUAAUCUUUGGGCAUUACUAAACUGAACAAACAAAAUAGAUACUGUUUGUCAGAAAUGUGCUUUUCUAUCUCUUUUUAUGUUUGACAACUUCAUGGAAGAUAUGUAUUCUAUAUGUAGCAGUUUUCUGGGAAAUUAAUAGCAAUAAAUUUGUGGAAAGUCUGGUAAAUUAAAUCUAUUAAGUAAAAACUUUACAAUGCAACCAUGGGUGUUUUAUUACCUUAAAAUUUGUAUUAAAAGAUCACAAAUUCUUUUGGUCUUAGUGCAGUCAUGUACGCAGUAAAUUAAGCACUUUGAAAUAAAUGUACAAUGUUAAGGUAUCUAAGAGUAUGUCUUGACUUCAUAAUAAUAUUAGGUGAUGCAAAAACAUUUUGAACUGUUAUAGUGAUGAAUGCAAAAAGGAUCUUAAAUGAAUAUUUUUCAGAUAUUUGUGGUCUAGAAUAAGGUCAUGAUGUCACAUAUGUCCAUAUAUUAAAAUCAUUUUGUAAUUUAGAAUACUGAGCACAAAAUUUCCAGCAAAACACCGGAAAACAUAUGAAAAAUUUCUGCCUGACUCACUAUCAGCUCAUUAUUGAAUACUGGGAAAUCUUGUGCUUUUAAUUAUAUCUUGCCAUCUUUUUCUACUUAUUUUAAAAAACAUAUUUUACUGGCAUAUAAAAGAAGAGCCUUAUGUUACUUAACAUUCCUUUUACCCAAGUUGCUUGGUAAUGUGCAGCUUUGUAUAUUUGCGAGCAUUCAAAACUCAGAUGUGCUUCUAUAUAUCUGAAUAGAUAGUAAGUAGACAUUGGCAGCACUUCUACAUAACUAUGAUGUGCGUAGAGUUAGGAAAGGAGGGGGGUCCUUGCCUAUGUGCUACUUACUGUUUUAAGGUGCACCCCUUUUGCAAUAUCAGAGAUGGCAGCAAUUUGGAAAGUUUACAGGGAAUGAGAAGAAUUGGGUUUAGGUCAUCAUGUAACAGCUUGCCAGGAAUGAGUCCCUUCUGAUGACAUUGUUGGGGAGGGGAAGGGAGUGUUCAACUUUUUCUAUUAAGCAUAAUAAUAUAAAUAUGCACUUUACAGAUGCAUGCAUACAGCCAUUUGCAUUUUAGAUUACCAUAUUUAAUCACAUUUUAUCGUGCUAUGAUUACUGAAAUCUCAACGGAUAACCUGAACAGUGCUAGUAUGAUUGUCCUAGAAACAUACUAACUAAAGAUCCAUAUUCUUUUGAAAAUUAUAGGCCAUUUAAAAAUGAUUUUAGAUUAAUUGAACUUUUGGAUGCAUAUUUCAUUCCCAAUGCUAUCUAAAUGUAGGACUCCCCAAUUUGUUCUUAUAACAAAAGACUUUAAGUUUUUAAACAUUAAGCUUUUUCAUACUUUGAAUCUUAUUUUAUAAUCACCUCACUUAUCAAUACAGCUUUCUUCUAAACUGUAUUUGGUUUAUUUUUUCACUUAUCAAAUAGGGAAAUGUUCUCUUGGAUUUUUAAACCUUAAAAAUAAAUGGUAGCGAUUCUAAACCACUAAACAGACUAAACAAUCCUUAGCUUAGAAAAUUUCCACAUCAUGACCAACAAAUUUUAGUUAAAAGUUUUACUUGAAGAUAGUUGGAUGUUUUUCUUAAAUAACAGAUUAAUGAUUCUGGAUGGGGGAGAGGAGAAUUAAGAAUGUAUGAAACUUAAGCAAAUGAAAAUAAUAUUCUCUGGAUAUUUUCUUCUUAAUGCAAAAAACUGAAUCAAACAUACAUUAUAAUAAUUUUGUUUCACAUGUAAGUUAAUUUCUUUAGCCAUCAUAAAUUUUAAGUAAUCAAGUAUUUUAGUAAAUAACUAUGUUAUUCUUGAUAACAGUAAUAAAA